AUGCGCGGGCUCGAUGAUAGCACUGACAUCCUAAUUCGCGUUGGCCAGACUGCAGGCGAACAGGUCAAGCAUGGCUGGAACGCCUUUCUCAACUUUGCGGCCCGGGACAAUGUCCUCGAGGUUGCUUUGGGUUUGAUCAUCGCUAAUUCCUUCACAAAAGUCGUAACGUCGUUCGUCUCUGAUAUUAUCCUACCGGUCGUCUCGCUGCUUCCCUUUUUGAAUCGGAACAUGGACCAGAAGUUCGCAGUCUUGUCACAGGGGCCUCACUAUGAUCCUGAUAAGGGGUACAACACGGUGAAGCAGGCUAGGGAUGAUGGUGCUCUUGUUUUAGCAUGGGGGUACGCAAACCAGAGAGCUCGCAGAGCUCACGGGAGGGUAUUGGGGAGUUUGAUUAUGCUGUGCUGA